CAGGUCCAUAAAGGCCCUCCAGGGCUACCUAGAAGCGCUGGGCGUGGACUUUGCCGGCCUCUGGGACCAGAUGGUCGACAUCGUUGUCAAGGCACUCGCCUGUGCGGAGGGCCCUAUGAACAGGCUAAUCCAGAGGCACACAUCAAGUCGCUACACAUGCUACGAGCUGUUCGGCUUUGACAUCUUGCUGGACGAUCAGCUAAAGCCCUGGCUCCUCGAGGUCAACAUCUCACCCAGCUUACGGUCUGCGACGCCAGUCGACUAUGCCGUCAAGAGUGAGGUGGUGAAGGACAUGCUGAACCUAGUGGGAUUCCAGCUGCCUCAGCAGCUCAAGGACGACCUUGACGAAAGGCUACUACAGUGCUACGGUCUGGAAGAGCAAGAUGAUCUGUCCCUGAACCCUCUCCUACACACGUACAGUCUCUCUACGGCUGAAUUCCUCAAGCACCGGCACUACGAGACAAGCCUGAUGGAUGAGGAGGAGGAGACGUCUGGCCUGCUAGACAGCCUGACACCAGACGACGUCCGGGUGUUGGUGCAGAGCGAAGACGAGCUCUCGCGCUGUGGCUCCUUUAAGCGGGUGUUUCCGGGUGGCCGCCACGGAGACGUCAGCCUGCUCGCCCACCGCCGCUACUACAACCUGUUGCUGGCCGCCUGGGAGAGGCGAUACGGGCACCAGAGGCACAAAGGUGUGGAGUGGCUGCAACGACUUUGUGCCAAGGGCUUCCACCUAACGUCACCAGACACGGAGAGGGUGCCCACUGCUGAAAGCCAGCCUUCUCCCAUUUCUGAAAAAAGCCACCGACGCAAGGUGACGCGCAACGUGAGCAUCCUGGCUCUGCAGAAGGAGCGCCAGCAUCGCGGCUGACCGCGCCCAGCUGCCGUUUGAGCCGCUGAGCCAGUGGCUCGUCCGGAACUUCACGUGUUGUACAGGCCUGUUCUUCUCUCACAGGGGAAAAAGAACGUUGUGUUUUAACCACUCCCCCGGGAGUCCUCCCGUUCUGCUGUAUUUAUGCAUUCUGCCAGCCCGGCCCUUCGGAAUAAAACACAGUAUUGCGUUCCUUGA